UCAUUAAAAAUGUUACUCCUGAAUGUUAUAGUCACAUUUUUCUUUCAUUCUGCUUAUGAGGUAUGCAUGUAUUUGUGAUAUAUGUUCAUAUUUAUCCGUACCCUGUUAUCUUUUUGUAGCUAACGUUAAUGUUAAUUUAAAUCAAAGUAAUGACCUUCAAGAUUACGCGGGAUUACAUAGAGAGCUUAAAAUGACCGCAGGUCAUUAUUGUCUUCGUUAUUAUCAUUUUAUACCACGACCAGACAAGCUGACCCACAACUCACAACAUAAUCCGUUUCCAUGGGAACGCUCUUUAAUACGGAAGCCUUCUUGGAUAACUGGAGCUGAAACGCGAAGGGGAGGGGGCACGAGCUGCAAGAGGCCACGGCUGAACAAUGACUGACGUGGACAGGCGAAGAAGAGACUAACAAACUUCGGGGGGGGAUAGAAAAAAGUCUCCAGAGCCCAAACCCGUCGCCUCUCGCAGCUGCCGCGGGGUUCAACCGGCCCCACAAGAUGAGCGUGGACAAAGCAGAGCUGUGUGACUCCCUGCUGACGUGGAUACAGACCUUUCAGGUGCCGUCGUGCGGCAGCAAGCAGGCCCUGACGAGUGGAGUGGCCCUCGGACACGUGCUGCACAGGAUAGACCCUGCUUGGUUUAAUGAGACGUGGCUUGGCAGGAUCAAGGAGGAGAGCGGGGACAACUGGCGCCUCAAGGUCAGCAACUUAAAAAAGAUUCUUAAGAGUACGCUGGACUAUUACCAUGAUGUGCUCGAUCACCAGGUAUCGGAUGAGCACUUGCCAGACCUGAACCUCAUAGGAGAGAUGGGAGACGUCACUGAACUGGGCAAGCUGGUGCAGCUCGUAUUGGGCUGUGCUGUCAGUUGUGAGAAGAAACAAGAGCAAAUCCAGCAGAUAAUGACACUUGAGGAAUCCGUCCAGCACGUCGUGAUGACAGCCAUUCAGGAGCUCUUAUCAAAGGAGCCUUCAUCGGUAACAGGAAGCCCAGAGACCUACGGGGACUUUGACUACCAGUCCAGGAAGUAUUAUUUUCUAAGCGAAGAGGCAGACGAGAAGUUGGACCUGAGCCAGCGCUGUCGAGACCUGGAGCGGCAGCUGUCGGUGGCUCUGGAGGAGAAGGCUUCCCUACACGCGGAGACACGCUCUCUGAAGGAGAAGCUGAGCCGCUGCGACUCUCUGGACGCCUCCGCCACCGCCAUCACUGGCAAGAAGCUGCUGCUGCUGCAAAGUCAGAUGGAGCAGCUUCAGGAGGAGAACUACAGACUGGACUCCAGCAGAGAUGACAUGCGUGUGCGGGCGGAGGUCCUGGAGCGCGAGGUGAUCGACCUGCAGCUCCGGAACGAAGAGCUCACCAGCCUGGCUCAGGAGGCGCAGGCCCUCAAAGACGAGAUGGACAUUCUGAGGCACUCGUCUGACCGGGUAAACCAGCUGGAAGUGCUUGUGGAGUCCUACAAGAGGAAGCUGGAGGACCUAGGAGACCUGCGCAGGCAGGUGCGCCUCCUGGAGGAGCGCAACACGGUGUACAUGCAGCGCACCUGCGAGCUGGAGGAGGAGCUGCGCAGGGCCAACGCCGUGCGCAGUCAACUGGACACCCUCAAGAGACAGACUCACGAGCUCCACACCAAGCACUCGGCGCAGGCCGUGAAGGCUGAGAAAUGGCAGUUUGAGUACGAGAACCUUUACGACAAGUACGACGCCCUGCAGAAAGAGAAAGAACGUCUGAUCUCUGAAAGAGACACCCUUCGAGAGACAAACGACGAGCUCAGGUGUGCGCAGGUGCAGCAGAGGGGUCUCAGUGGAUCGGGGGGCUUAUGUGACAGUGGUGUCACCGCCGGGAACCUUGCUGCAGAGAUCAUGCCCACUGAGCUCAAGGAGACGGUGGUGCGCCUACAGAGCGAGAACAAGAUGUUGUGUGUCCAGGAGGAGACCUACAGGCAGAAACUAGCAGAGGUGCAGGCCGAGCUGGAGGAGGCUCAGCGCAGCAAGAACGCCCUGGAAACUCAGAACAGACUGAACCAGCAGCAGAUCUCCGAGCUGCGUUCUCAGAUCGAGGAGCUCCAGAAGGCUCUCCAUGAGCAGGACAGCAAGACGGAAGACGCCAUCUCCUCCUUACUGAAGAAAAAGCUUGAGGAGCAUUUGGAGAAGCUGCAUGAAGCCCACUCGGACCUCCAAAAGAAGAAGGAGGUCAUUGACGACCUCGAGCCCAAAGUGGACGGCAGCAUGGCAAAGAAGAUAGACGAGCUGCAGGAGAGCCUGCGGAAGAAGGACGAGGACAUGAAGCAGAUGGAGGAGCGAUACAAGCGCUACGUGGAGAAGGCGAGAACGGUGAUUAAAACCCUGGAUCCCAAGCAGCAGCCGGGGGCGGCGGCUCCGGACGUUCAGGCCCUGAAGAACCAGCUGACGGAGAAGGAGCGGAAAAUCAAGCACCUGGAGCACGACUACGAGAAGAGCCGAGCCAGGCAUGACCAGGAGGAGAAACUCAUCAUUACUGCAUGGUACAACAUGGGCAUGGUGUGGCAUCAGAAAGUGAGCGGCGAGCGGCUCGCUCCCUCUAACCAGGCCAUGUCGUUCCUCGCCCAGCAGAGGCAGUCCACCAACGCCAGGAGGGGCCUGACGCGCCCCCAGCCCAGGUGAAGGCAGGGUGAGCCGUGGUCGACUCGGCCCCUGAGCUCCUGCAUCUAUGCCUUGUUGCCUUUUUUUUUUAAACUAGAUCGCUGCACCUCAGAGAGUAUUCUCCAUGUUGCUGCUGCCCCCUGCUGGCUCUUAAUGGUACGAGAAAGCGCUUUUUCCCCCCUCUUGAGCCCCGGAGGAGAGAUACUCUGCUGCUGAUGAGAUUCAGAGUCCGUCCCACCUUGUUAUUAAGGUGGCUUUUAUUUCCUCUUGGGCCUCGUUUCUGUAAAGUCUGUUUUUAACUCUUUUUAUGUUGCUCAAUAGGAUGGACUGUUCAAAUGCUGUAGUCAAGAGAGUUGAGGGUUUUACUGUCAAUAUUUUAGGUGCUGAAGAGGACAUUGAGUCACAUAUAAAAUAUACUGGAAGUAGAUUAUGACAUUGAGCCGCACAUCUCCUUGGUUUUGUUGAUUCGUUUGGGUUUUUCCUAUAACUGUUGUCUUGAUCAUGUGUUUUGAGGUGAGUUUGACCCUUUUUCUUUUUUUUCCAAUUUGACAGACCUUGGAAAGAUGUUAAGAUCACAAGUGUUAUUGAUGUGUGUUAUUGGCUUUAGUCUUUGUCCCCUUUUUUUGCAUCCACUUAACAAUAAUUCUCUCCAGAGUUAAUAUUCAUGAUGAUAGUUGGCUGCAGUCUUCCCUAGAAAGGUGCGUUUUCUUUUUUAGUGCCUCAUAGAAAACUAAACGCUUUAUUUUAUGUCGACCCUCUUCUCCCCGUCUCACUGGGCUCAAAUAUAUUUGACUUAGACGACACAUCUGCAGGAUACUGUGACUCCUUCCUAUGAUUUUUCUGAACAAAGUUCUCUAAAUAUGAAUUUGAUAGUUACGUCAAUUCUUUUUUUUUAUGCCCUUUUUCCCUUUAGUUGUGUGAAGGACCUAAUUGCACUCACUACCUUUGACUACACUAAUUUUAAAAUAGGCAAUUUAAGGCCUCUUACUUUAUUGCAAAGACUGUAAUACACAAUGUAGUCUGAUGAUGAUGAUAAUAAUACUUGUGGCUGUUUACCACCGCUGGACCUCAUUUGCAUUGUAACUGAACGUGAAGCCAAUAAGCUGGAAUGAUUUUGUGCAUGGAAUACCUCCGGCAGUGUGUAACAGACGAUCCAUUUAUCAACACUACGUCUCACUGAUCUCUACUGGUUCAUUUCCCCUUUUCAACUGAUGAAGUCAUUGGAUUCCGUCCCUUUAUCAGAGCUACUGUUGAGUGACUUGUGCUUUGUCCCUGUGAGUGUUUGCUAUGACGACAGAGACCCGCUGUGCCCAUAUUUCUUUUCUUCCUAUUGAAGUUUCAUUGUUAGUUGAUAUUUAUGGUGUUGCGUCACUUUCUUUGCUGCACAUUUGCAUGGCUUGAAUGGGUUAACUUUGAGGCAGUGUUUUUGAUUAUGUCAUGUAGUGGUCUCGUUGAUCAUAGUGUACGUCUCACAGGGAUCUGAUGCAAGGUGGAAAUCUGUAGUAAGUCUGUUCUACUUUUGCACUACAAAUAAAUGGGAUCUUAAGAAAAGAAAGUCACUUGGUUUUUCUGAGCAAAUACAUUCAAAGUAAACAUCAGGAAUGUUUAACCUGACAUAAAACAUUCAUAAAAUCUGAGAAAAGCCAACUUUUGGUCACGAAGGAUUGGUCACUACCCUUCCUACAAAACACCAACACACCUAACUGAUAAAAAUAACAUUGUUUGCUAAUGAGGUCAAACUUACUUAAAUAGGCGGAGAAAAAUUGACAUUUAAAAGCACCGUAAAAGGCUUCGUAUUCUCUGAUGUAGUGUAUAUUAUGUUAAAGUAAAAUGUAGAAAAAGUGUAUCAUGUUAAAAGUUCAUUGCAUGUUGUGUGAAAAUCAGUCAACCGAGACGAAGACAAACAGCCAGCGGCUUCGUUCUGCUGGACCAGGAGGAAGGAGAGAUGUGCUCCAAGGAGCUUAUGAUGAAGAUGCUGUAGAUCCAUCAGGGAAAAGCUCCAAUAGAAGAAGGAACAGGAAGAUGGUUCCCGCUACCUCCAUAACGGCCACUUGGGGGGAGUCCUCCAUUACAGCCAGGACUUGACGGACCAAAUGUCUGUUAAUUGAAAUCCUCCAGUUGCCGCGACUGUUGGACUGGCGGUGGGGAAACGGAAGGUCAGCGUGUUGGUGACCUCGUGCUGUUCAAAGAAAGACUUCUGUGUAAAUCAAGCAUCUGGCUGAUUGCUUUGGAUGCUUCGGAUUCUUCUGGCACAUGAGUUCUCCCACAU